GUGCGUACCAGAUAGUAACAAGAAAACAAAUUAAGAAAAAAAUAAUUUUGGCUACUAUCUGUUGCAGAUAGAAUUUUUUUCUAGUACCUGUUGAGUACCAGAUAUUGUCUGGCAGCACCAAAUUAUAUCUGGUACUCACCAAAUAGUAUCUAGUGCUCAUCAGCUAGUACCUGGCAAGUGCCAGAUGCUAUAGGAAGCAUCUGGUACACACCAGACAAUAUCGGGUGCUCACCAGAUAGUAAACAGAUUUUUUGGGGAAAAAUUUAGUUUUAGAAUUUUUUUUUUUUAAAGGAUUUUUUUUAAAAGAAAAAAAACAGUUUUUUUUUUUCUUCAAUGUCCCUUAGGGGCUCCAUAUUUUGCAAUAGAUCAAAAUACGACUGGAUUGGGACUUUGAGGGCCAAGUAGCCACAGGUUAAGGCUUAUAACACAAUUCAGCCAAUCACGACCAAGCAAUCCUAGUUACUAGAAAGUGCUGGCGGAUGCAUAUUGUUGAUUUUAAGUCGGUUGCUUGUAGGCUGCAUUUGGCCCACGGGCCGGACUUUGGACAUGCCUGAUCUACAGCAUCACCCGCUCUGCAUUUUCCACACUUGCGCAACAACUUGUGUUUUGCGCAGGUGGCACCGGCACCGUGCACGCUCCCUUUCCUUUGACCCGAACCGUUUAAUUUUUUUGCCCUGCAGAAAUAAAACUGAAUAAAGGGACCAAAUGAGCCCCCUCCCCAGAGGAGAAGAGGCGCUGCGUCCGGAGCGCGGCGCGGCGCGGCGCGGCACGGCACGGCACGGCGUGGACGCGUCCCAGCUCUCUCCUCCCCCUUCCGAGCUUGCCAUAAUCUCUCUUCCUCUCUCCCUCUCUCUUUCUUAAAUUGACACCGGGUCUGGGCUCGCAACAUGACAACAGAAAAGCCUUCCUGCGCUCCGCGUUGCCGGGCUGUCCUCCACCCGGAUCACUCCAAACUCACAUAAGCCGCCGUUCAGAGGGGAGAAAAAGACAAGAAAGACCAGAAAAGACCAGAAGGAGAAGGGAUCGCCCGGUGUUCUGUCAGCAGGGCGCUCAAAGGGAAUAACAAGAGACAUUUAUGCCAAACGUGUCUGUUCUCCGGCGCGCCGUAGAUCCUCCGAAAGUGCUGCUGUAGAACUACAGUGAAAGUUACCAUGUAUCUGCACGCUUUGAUACGAGCAAGCCUUGGAUUUGUGGGCUUCUGCUUGGUCGCUUUUGUCCAGCAGUCAGCUUCAGGAAGUAAAGCCACACAAGAUGUGGACGAAUGUGCAGAGGCGCUGGACAACUGCAGUAUUGAUGCCAUCUGCCAGAACACUCCAAAGUCAUAUAAAUGUAUCUGCAAGUCCGGCUACAAAGGAGAUGGGAAACAUUGUGAAGAUGUUGAUGAGUGUGCAACAGAGUACAACGGUGGCUGUGUCCACGAGUGCAUCAACAUCCCUGGAAACUAUAGAUGCACAUGCUACGAUGGCUUCCGCUUGGCGCACGAUGGGCACAACUGUCUCGAUGUGGAUGAGUGUUCAGAGGGCAACGGCGGAUGCCAGCAGAUUUGUGUCAACAUGAUGGGGAGCUACGAGUGCCGCUGCAGAGAAGGCUUCCUCCUGAGUGACAACCAGCACACCUGCAUCCAAAGACCUAAAGUGCACCUAGAAGGCACAAAGGAGGGGCCCACCUGCAUGGACAAGAACCACGGCUGCGCACACAUCUGCAGGGAAGCACCGAAAGGUGGCAUCUCCUGCGAGUGUCGACCCGGAUUCCAGCUGACGCGUAACAUGAAGGACUGCAAACUGACAUGUAACUACGGUAACGGAGGUUGUCAGCACAUCUGCGAGGAGACCGACAACGGCCCCAAAUGCUCGUGCCACAUGAAGUUUGUCCUGCACAGCGAUGGAAAAACUUGUGUAGGGGAGAGGAGUGUCCAGUCCCAGGCAGCCCCACAGCUGUUCCCUAAUGAGACCUGCGCCGUCAACAACGGAGGCUGUGACAGCACGUGUCACGACUCGGUGACAGGAGUCCGCUGCAGCUGUCCUGUCGGCUUCACCCUGCAGCCCGACCGCAAAACCUGCAAAGACAUCGACGAGUGCCGUCUGAACAACGGGGGGUGUGAUCAUGUGUGCCGGAACACGGUGGGCAGCUUCGAGUGCAGCUGCAAGAAAGGCUACAAGCUGCUGACCAAUGAAAGGACGUGCCAAGAUAUCGACGAAUGCUCUUUCGACCGCACUUGUGACCACUUUUGUGUGAACUCUGCCGGCAGCUUCCAGUGUCUUUGUCAUAAAGGAUACGUCCUCUAUGGUGUGGCGCAUUGUGGAGACAUCGACGAGUGCAGUAUAAAUCGUGGAGGCUGCAAAUACGGCUGCAUCAACACUCUGGGAAGCUACGAGUGUACCUGUCCACCUGGACACAAGCUGCACUGGAACAGGAAAGACUGCAUCGAGCUGGUGAAGUGUCCUGCUGGACUGGUGGCCCCCAAAGCAACUCUGUCCUGCAGCAAGGCUGGAAAAAAGGAGAGCUGCUCACUUACCUGUGCCUCCAAGGCUCACUAUUUGUCAGAGUCUGACAACAGUUACUCAGUCAGCUGCGGCAUUCCUGUUCUGAGAGGGAAGUCCUCAACCAGGCUGAACUCCAGCAGCAGUCAGAGCUGCAUAGAGACUUUGGCUCCUCCAGUGAAAGAGAAGGCCUCUGUCAAAAUAAAAAACGCAAAGUGUUACCUGCACCCUAAGCUGACCGGGAGGACGGAGGACAGAGGACGGAUGCUGGGACCAGGAGGGGGGCAGCCUUGCAGCAACUGUCUGGUCACGUUUGUUAACCUCAAGUGCGACUCCACCAAAAAAGCCAAAGGAAGACGUGCGCGCAACUCCUCCAACAAAGAAGUGACUCGCAUCACUUUGGAGCUGGAAGCCGAGGUCAAACCCGGGGACACCACCGGAAGUUGCAAUCUCAGCUGCCAGCGGCUGCGGAUGGAGAAGCAAGUGAAAACGUACAUCAAAGCUCUGAAGAAGUCCAUCAACCAGGAGCGCUUCCUGAUCCGAGUGGCCGGUUUGGAGUACGAGGUGGCUCAGAAGCUUCCCCAGGCUGCUCCCGUUCAGGAGAACUGUGGCCCGGGCUCAGAGAGGGACAGCGGCCGAUGUGUCAGAUGUUUGCCAGGAUCUUACUACCACGGGGAGCAGGAGCGCUGUGUCCAGUGUCCACCCGGCACCUUCCAGGAGAAAGAGGGCCAGCUGGCUUGUGACCUCUGCCCCGGCAGCGACGGCCACGGUCCAGUCGGAGCGCGGAACAUCUCCUCAUGCGCAGGUCAGUGCGCCACCGGAUCCUUCUCCAGUGACGGCUUCCAGCCCUGUCAGCAAUGCCCCUACGGCACCUACCAGCCAGAUCUGGGCCGGACGCUGUGCUUCCCCUGUGGAGGGGGGCUGAGCACUAAGAAAGAAGGCGCCAGCUCCUUCCAUGAGUGCGAGGUCAAAGUUCAAUGCUCUCCGGGUCAUUACUACAACACCACGGUGCACCGAUGCAUCCGCUGCCCGGUCGGGACCUAUCAGACAGAAUUUAGACAGAAUUAUUGCAUUUCCUGUCCGGGAAACACCACUACAGAUUUUGACGGUGCCACAAGUGUCUCACAAUGCAAGAACAGGCAAUGUGGUGGAGAGAUGGGUGAGUUCAUGGGUUACAUAGAGUCACCUAACUAUCCUGGGAAUUACCCUGCUAAUGUGGAGUGUAUCUGGAACAUCAACCCUCCCAGCAAGCGCAAGAUCCUCAUAGUGGUGCCGGAGAUUUUCCUGCCCUCAGAGGAUGAGUGUGGCGAUGUGCUGGUCAUGAGGAAGAACUGGUCGGCUACUUCCAUCACCACCUACGAGACGUGUCAGACGUAUGAGCGGCCCAUCGCCUUCACAGCCCGCUCCAGGCGUCUGUGGAUUAACUUUAAAUCCAAUGAAGCCAACAGUGCCAGAGGCUUCCAGAUCCCUUAUGUUACCUACGACGAGGACUACGAGCAACUCGUAGAGGACAUAGUACGAGACGGAAGGCUGUAUGCGUCAGAAAACCAUCAAGAAAUCCUUAAGGACAAAAAACUGAUUAAGACUCUUUUUGACGUGCUGGCUCACCCAAACAACUACUUUAAGUACACCACUCGGGAGUCCAACGAGAUGCUCCCCCGCUCCUUCAUCCGUCUCAUAAGCAGCAAAGUCUCUGCUUUCCUGAGGCCUUACAAGUAAAAGGCGUCGUCCUGCUCCACCCUCAAGGCCACAUCCCACAGCUCUCACGGGACAUAUUAACACAGAACCUACAAACACAUUUAACCUCUUGAUUUUUCUAUAGACUUUUACAAUAAAUGCUACGCAGGACUGAGAAAUAACAAACAUCUUUUUUUUUCCCUUUUAUUAGCCUAUAUUUGUUUUUUCCAUGCAGUGCAGGUCUGCUGUCCCAGCUUCAGUGAGGGUGUGUGUGGUUUCUGUUGUGAUGUGCGUUCAAACCACACGAAAAAAGCAAGAAAAAAAGCCAGUUUCAGACAGUAGGUGUUAUAUUUGGUUUAUGCAGUUUGAGCCUGACAGAGCGUUGAAAGUUCCAGCUGUGUGACUGUAAGUGUUGUGCAUGUGUUGUGUGUCAUUGUCACUCCAGGAAGGGUGGUUGGUUGUAGACACGUUCCAGGCCCUUCCAAGCCCGACCAACGUUUGCGCUCUUAGAGCAGUUUUCAAGGUCUUCACUGUUAAAACAGUUUUCUGUUUAGACUCUUCCACAUCUUUAGAUAAUGUCUGCUGGUCUUUUCAAGGGAAUUCAAAGCAAACCAAAAAAAAGUGGUUUAUCAUUCCAGAAACCCGGUGGACAUCUGGGAAAUAAAUAAUCGUGAGAGCGAGAUAAAUAAGUUGAUGUGAUGUCUAGUGGAGCACGUCUCAAAGAUUGAGAGAAAUGUCUUUGAGGGACAUUAAGUUUGCUGCUUCUUUUAAAAAAAGGUCACUUUAAUGAUUCAGUCUCAUUGUCUGUGUACUCUUCACGCUUAUAAUCCUCCUGUUUAAAAACAAAGGCAUCCUCCUAAAUAUGUUCACACACACAGUAAAUCGAUAAUCUCUCAUUGUCUGUGGAUUACCGUUUUUUUCUGUUUAUUUUGAGUCUUGUAAAUAACGAAAAUGAAUUAGACGAGGGUUGAAUUCUUUAUUCCUGAUUUGCUUAUAUGUGACUCAACCUCCCUACUCCCCGGAAAAGAAAAAAAUAAUAAAAAAAUACCUCCUGCUCCCUCAUAUUUUACCAGUCUAAAACCCAAAGACACAGUACACCUCGUACACACCGCAACCUCCCACAAGUCAGUUCUGUCCCACAUCCGGUGUGAUUUCCCGCACUAGAUUGAAAAACUUCCAUCUCACUUUUCCGGAACCAAGUGCAAUGACUGAAGGCGGUGCACGUUCACCACACCCAACAAGGAAACUCUCCAUGUGUUCUGGAUUGCUUCUUCUUUCUUCUUCUUCUAAGAAGAAAAGAAGAAGAAGUCUCUAUGGGCAGAAGAUUUUUAGGCUUUAAAGGUGCUUCUUAUUCUAACAAAAAUAAAUGUAUUAAACAAAUCAUUUGAAUUAAUAAGACUUAGUACAACAGGGUAAAAACAAUAUUAUUUUCAAUUUAGCUAACAAAAAAUUAACACUUUUAUGCUAGCAGCCAUCAGAUCAAUAUUUUGGGACAUUCGUGUAGGGAGUGUUAGAGUCAUUUAAGAAUGUAAAAAAUAAAAAAAGAGAAAAA